UCUUCCUUUCUCUGCUCGUCUAAAUUGUAGCGCAGUGAAACCUCAGUCAGACUCUCCACCAAGCCCAGGACAGCAUGUCUGGUAGCCAAUACGUAGACCCAGAGGGACUCCUGUACACCGCGCCCGUCCGGGAGCAAGGGAACAUCUACAAACCCCACAACAAGAGCAUGGCCGAGGAGCUGAACGAGAAGACGAUGCACGACGUGCACACCAAGGAGAUCGACCUGGUCAGUCGGGACCCCAAGCGGCUCAACGACGACGUGGUCAAGAUUGAUUUUGAAGAUGUCAUUGCUGAACCUGAUGGAACACACAGUUUUGAUGGGAUUUGGAAAGCCAGCUUCACCACCUUCACUGUGACAAAAUACUGGUUUUAUCGCUUACUGUCGGCAAUCUUUGGCAUUCCUCUGGCUCUCAUCUGGGGUAUCUACUUUGCCAUUUUGUCAUUCUUGCACAUCUGGGCAGUGGUGCCAUGCAUAAGGAGCUACUUGAUUGAGAUCCAAUGCAUCAGCCGGGUCUAUUCUAUCUGCAUCCACACAUUCUGCGACCCAUUAUUCGAGGCCAUCGGCAAAAUGUUCAGCACUAUCCGGGCAACAGUACGAAAAGAAAUAUAAGUGAUACUUCAAGGACAGUUCUCUGGAGAGUCUUUUUGUGUGCCAAUUUCAAGGUUCUUAAAUCAAUCUGCAGUAACCGCUGGUGAAUAUACUGGCCCAAAACAAAGAAUCAUUUAUUCAGUUUUCAUUACUAAUAUUUAUCCCUACUGGAUUUUUUUUCACUCUGCAUUUUUCAAACUGAUCUUGAAUUGCUACUCUCCCAUUCCAGCCGCAUAUCAUUUUGCUGACCAUUUGAUAAACAGAUUGAUGUGCUUUUGUCGGGGGGGUGUUUAGCCCUCCAUUCAUUCCUUGCAAGAUACAUUCACAAUGACAUAAUAAAGAACUGCAAAAAUGCUUUUCAACACUGUCAUGCCAUUCAUUUUAUUGUCGGCAAACAGUAUAAAGCUAUUGCAGCAGAAUGAACCUGACAAGUUGGCAGGUUUUAAAAGAAUGUUCUUUUUUCAAUUGUAUUGUCAGUUGACUACAGCCAUUUACUGUAAUGGUCACAUAUGGUCUACUAUGAAAAGACAGAUAUAAAUAAAUUACUUAACUAAUAUAUGUUCUGAAAAUCUAAUGCCUUAUCAGAUCAGAGACUUUGACACAUAAAACAUAAAAAAUGCUGAAUGUCCAUAAAAAGCUACAGUUAAUGCCUUCUUGUGUCAUAGUAGCUAUCCUGAAAGUUUGCUGCCAACUGUUUGUCAACCCUUCACUAUAAUUACAGAAGCAAACUGAAGAUCAAAGCUAAAAAAUAUUGUUAUUAAAAUGUUUUUCUGGCAGUGACUUAUGUGUCUCUUAGCUAAUAUGUAGGUAUUUAUCACACUAGUAAAUAUCACAAAUGUGUCUGAGAUGACACUGGCUUAAAAAAUGAAUAAUCCAGGUGUGCCAAACUCAUGCCAUAACAUGCCAACUAUGAGUUGUCUCUGAGAGAAGCCAGCUUUAAAAAACCUUCCUGUCAGCCGAGGUCAGCAUGCUGUUAGCUCACAGAUUAGUUUCAGGAGAAUUCACGCUUUGCUGAGUCCAAACUAAUCCAUCACAAGAGAUGCUUUAGAAACUCCACAUUGUGUUCCACUUUUUUAGCUGAGCUGC